GACUUUAAGAACAAUUACUUUGUAAGGAACCUAGUUUUCACGAACCUAAUAGCCGACCGGAGCAAUGGCCUCCCUACUAGUAGCGAUGGCCGACCGGACCCGUGGCCCAAGAGACGGGAAGACUGCAUGUUUAGGGGGCGGUGUGGCGGGGUCGAGACCGUUUUCCGGAUUCAUGGCCGCAUCUGCAUGCCUCGCGGUUUCAAACACCGUGGCAAUUCAGUUUCAUAAGUGCCCGACCUUUGUAGAAGCUUCCGAGCUCUUCAAGGGUUAUGAGGUGGCCCGGUUGGACAUAUCCUUCGCAUCAACAGAUCGGCUGGUUCUUGUAACCUUCUAUGAUGUGCGGGUGGCCCAGCAGGUCCUCUCGAACUUCAAACCCAACGCUUGGCUUGCCCCGGAAGGGAUGAAGGACUUCCGUGCGGUGAGGUUGUCGAGCUCUGAGUUCGCAGAUCUUCCACGGCAGGACAGCUUUGAACAGUUCGGUGAGAUUGCAGGGUUUUCCAACUGCGGUGGUGACAUCGUGAUUGAGUUCUAUGAUAUGCGUGCAGCUCUUCGUUGCAGCAUUGCUAUCCCCAGUGAGCCCCAGACACCGAUGCGCCGCGAUGUGACCGGAAGCCGGUGGCGCCGGUGCCUUCCUGUGGCGCGCUCCGUGGAUGCGGAGCUGUCCGGGCUUGCCGAAGGGCCGAAGGGAUCGAUGGAGAGUCAAAGCGAAGACCACGCCGUCGACGCGCCAAUGGCUAGGUGGCUAGGUGGCUAGGUGACACAACGAGGUCGCAGCGUUUUUCGGUCGACUUCGACUUCGAAGUGGAUUGACAGUUUGGCACUGACAAAGUCAGGCGCCACAAGACGAGCCGCGGCUGGGUGAAAUCGCCCGAAGACAUUGGUGGAUGCUGAAGCGAAGCGUCCGGAAAGAGCCGAUCAAUGGGGCCAAGUCAUCAGUUUGCC